UCUCUCUGACAAAUAAAUAAAAUCUUAAAAAAAAAGAAUGCAAGUGAUCUAAGUCAGAUCUUGUGUGUGAAUGCUUAUGUGCAGUGUAUUUUUUUGAAGAAAAUGUGUUUCAAUUUGAGAAUCGGAAAAUUGGAUAUGCUUAGUUACAAUUUUUAUUUUAAAAAUAGAAGUGUUCUUUCAUUAUUGAUUUGAUUAUUUUAUCCUACAAAAUGACUUUACCUAAUUUGCCCUGCCUGUUUGUGGUUCAAAUAAGGGAAAUACCUUAAGUCUGAUCAUUUCCAAAUUAUAUAAUUUUGAGAGGCUUUCUCUUCAUACAUAAAAUAAAAGAAGAAGUCCAGCUAGAAAUCAUUUUACCUUUUUGCUAUAAAUUUUUUAGUGGAUUCGUGAUAUAACAGUGCAAGUUCUAUUGCCAGAUCCUAAUGAUAAAUUUCAAAAUCUGUAUUAGGAAUUAAAUAUUAUUGAGUUGAUCUGUUCUCCUGCUCAUAUCUGAGAUCUUAUGGCAUUGAACCAUUCCUUUUUCUUAAAUUUGAUAGAGCAAGCAUGAGUUGGGGGAGGGCCAGAAGCAGAAGAAGAGAGAGAAUCUCAAGCAGUCUCCUCGCUGAGCAGAGCCUGAUGCAGGGCUCCAUCUCAUGACCCUGAGAGGAGUCAGGAUGCUCAACGGACUGAGCCAUGCAGCCCUGUACAAUUCCUUUUUGAAUUGGGGCAUAUCCCCAUUUUUUAGUGCUACUUGUAGUCACAACCUUUAUUUUAAAGGUUUUAUAUUGUAAAUAUUUGACUUGAUAUAAAAUUAUUUUUAUGCAGGGUAACAGAUAUUACAGCCUUAUUUUAGUUUAUCAGAGAAUGUACCGGAGAAUAACUGCAAGAAAAGUAAAUAGAUAGGGCUUCCCCCCGCUUUUAAAAUUACUGCUAAAUACACCAGAAAAUUGACACAAAACCAAAUCCAAGGACUUAUUAGACAUUACAGUUCAAUUUUAGUUAUAAGAGUGAAAAAAUAUUUAAAAAAUUGUUAUACAGUCCAUUUUUUAUUUUCUUGAUGAAAUGGUAACUGGAUAUCUAAUCAGAGUUUGUUUUUAUGUUGGGGCAGUUAGGAGGAAUUGAAUGUUGAUCCUAGUCACUUGUAUACUUCCAUGGUAAAACUAGCUUUAGUUAAUUUAUCGCUAUGUGUAUUAGGAAAACUUACUGUAGGGAAGAAUUAUGUUUACAUACAGAUACAAAAAGUUUAAACUCAUGUCUUAUGAACAUAGGCUGAUGAAGGAGGGUUGGGAUGAGAAACGAUACCCUGAUAACUACAGAAAUGAGGAAAGGAAGCAGUGGGUACAGAGAACUUUGUCCUGCUCAGAGAUCCCCAAAGAAUCCCCGUCCCCUCCCCCUACCUCCUGCCAGAAUGUUGGGUUUCAAAGAAGGAGCAGAUUAACGGAUAUCAGGAGUAGUGUGGCCUGGGCUGAGAAUAAGGAUAACUUAGGCAAAUUACGAGUUAAUAGUACUGUCUGAAUCAUUACUGUCUGCCUACAUGGCAUAUCUGUGAAGGUAAAGGGAACAAACUCAAGGAACAUUAGAGCUUCAGCUGUUGGAAGGAAGUCAUAUGGUAAGGGAACUACCAAAGGCCAAGACCAAAUAGAAAUUCAGCCCCAAAGUCUCAGCAGCCACCCCUUAGUGAGCCAGCCUAGACGUGGAGCUGAUGUCUGACUCUCCGGUUCUCAGCAUGCCUGGGAGAGCUAUUGCUGUGGGACAUAGGCCACACAGCAUCAACUGACUCACAAUGGCAUUGUCAAUGCUAGCCUCUUCGAGAAACUCUUCCUCUAUAUUGCCUUCACUAUGGAAGAACCAAAGGGCCUUGAAAGAGGGUAAGAUAAAGUUUCAGACUUGGGCUCAGCAAAAGAUGGACUUCAGGCUGGGACCAGAGCCAAAAACUUCAUGUGUUACAUUGGGGAUUGUGUUGCUGUUGGUGAUUUUCCUGCCAGGCUUGUACUGUGACCCUGGAUCUGUGUAUUACUCUUCUUACGAAACAGUCAUCCCCAAGAGUCUGACAGUCAAGGGAAGGGAAGACCCAGGGGAAAAGGCAACCUAUACACUAUUAAUGCAGGGCCAGAAGCAGGUGAUUCAACUGAAGGUGAAGAGAGACUAUUUUGUGAAUAACUUUCCAGUCUUCAGCUACCACAAUGGGGUCCUGGGGCAAAAAGUGCCUUUCAUCUCUCAUGACUGUCACUACGAAGGCUACAUAGAAGGAGUCCCGGGUUCUUUUGUUUCCCUCAACACCUGUUCAGGCCUCAGGGGCAUCCUGAUCAAGGAGGGGAAACCCUAUGGCAUUGAGCCCACGGACACCUCCGAACGGUUUGAACAUGUGUUGUACACCAUGGCACCCCAAGCUCGAGUGUCCUGCAGCGUCACUUCCAGAGGCAGCCAAGUGGAGUCCACCAGCCGGCAACAAGGGAGCAGGAAGCCUCGCAGUCUACAGGCACUGCCAUCCUUUUGGUCACACACCAAGUACGUGGAGAUGUUUGUCGUGGUCAGCAACCAGCGCUUCCAGAUGUGGGGCAGUAACGUCGAUGAGACAGUCCAGAGAGUAAUGGACAUCACCGCUCUGGCCAACAUCUUCACUCGGGGCAUAAACACCCAGGUGGUGCUGGCUGGAAUGGAGAUCUGGACCGAGGGGGACCUCAUAGAAGUCCCAGCGGACUUGCGAGUUACACUGAGGAAUUUCAAUAGCUGGAGACAGGAGAAGCUCUUCCCCCGGGUGAAGCACGAUGUUGCCCACAUGAUCGUGGGACAUCAUCCUGAAGACGAUGUGGGACAGGCAUUUCUCAAUGGUGCCUGUUCAAGAGGCUUUGCAGCCGCUGUUGAAUCCUUCCACCAUGAAGACGUCCUCCUGUUUGCGGCGCUCAUGGCCCACGAGCUUGGGCACAACUUGGGUAUUCAGCACGACCACUCGGCCUGCACUUGUAAAGAUAAACGCUUUUGCCUCAUGCGUGAAAACAUCACUAAAGAAAGUGGCUUCAGCAACUGCAGCUCUGACCACUUCUACCAGUUCCUCCGGGAACACAAAGGGGCCUGCCUGUUUAACAAGCCCCGGCCCCAAGGUCGCCUGCGUAGGCAAGCCACGUGUGGAAACGGUGUGUUGGAGGUGAAUGAGGAGUGUGACUGUGGACCUGACUGUGGUAAUAACCCGUGCUGUGACGAAACGUGUAGGCUGAAUGAGCAUGCACAGUGUAGUGACGGACUGUGCUGUUUUAAUUGCCAGUGGAGACGUAAGGGUUUCAUGUGUCGUUCUGCUCUUGGAGAGUGUGACCUCCCAGAGUAUUGUGAUGGUACCUCUGGAGAAUGUCCCAGGGAUCACUAUAAGCAAGAUGGUACAUCGUGUGAUAUAAUUCACUAUUGUUUUAUGGGCCGGUGCAAGAACCCUGAUACUCAGUGCAUGGAUAUAUAUGGGUCACCUGCAAGGUCAGCCCCAGAAGACUGUUAUAUUUCCAUGAACACAAAAGGGAACCGGUUUGGAAACUGUGGCGUUGGGGCUUCAACUAGUCCAAAAUAUGUUAAGUGCUCUGAUAAGAAUAUAUUUUGUGGGAAACUUGUAUGUACAAAUGUUAGAAAAAUACCAGCAGUCAAACACCAGCAUACAUUAAUCCAGGUCCCUCAUCAAAAAGACUUCUGCUGGAGCAUGGAUGCCUUUAAUGAUACUGAUAUCCCUGAUGAUGGCGAUGUGGACACUGGCACCCUUUGUGCCCCACACAAAGUCUGUGUGAAUUACUCCUGUAGUGAUCGUGCCGUGCUUAGGUACGACUGUGAACCAAAAGAAAUGUGUAAUGGGAAAGGAAUUUGCAACAAUUUAAGGCACUGCCAUUGUGAGGCUGGCUACGCCCCCCCUGACUGCAAAGCUCCAGGAAAUGGGGGUAGUGUGGACAGUGGUCCCCCUGGCAAAUCACCUUAUGAAAAUCUAAGUGUAGGAGGAAGUGGCAUUCCUACUAAACGGAAGAAUGAAAUGAAUGUUCUUCACAAGGUGACUUUCAUACUCCCCACAUUUCUUUUGCUAGUAUUGUUGAUUUUAGUAUUUUUCAUUAGCUUUAAGGCUGGAAUUGAGUCAACAGAGAUGCCAGGAGGCUCCUCAGAGGAGACCACAGAGACUACUGAGGACACAGAGGUCUUACCACAGGACUUAGGAAAGAAACCCGCGGAUAUUUCAAAGAUGGGUCCAGAGGGGGCUCCAAAGGAAGCCCUACCACCAAAAGAGGCACCCCCACUGCAGGAGGGUGCCCCACCACAGGAGGAGACCCCGCCACAGGAGGCGCCUCCUUCCCAGGAAGUGCCCCCACCCCAGGAGGUCCCCCAACAACCGGUAUCCCCACCCCCGGAGGGCCCUUCGCCCCCAGAGGCCCCACCCCCGGAGGCCCCUCUACCCCCCGAGGCCCCUGCACCCCCGGAGGCCCCACCACCUCCAGAGGCCCCACUGCCCCCGCAGGCCCCACCUCCAGAAGUCCCAGGAGGGUCUGCACCAUAA